UUUAUAUUUUACUUAAAGUUUGAAAUAAAACUAAUUUUUAUGUGUAAAAAUAUAUUACAUAAUCACAAUUAUGAGCAAAUUUAUAACAGAAGACAUAUUAAACGAUUAUCGAAAAGAUGGUGUCGUUUGUUUGCGUGGAGUYUUUAGCGACCGUUGGAUCCAACAAGUGAUCAAAGGAAUUGACAGAAAUCUACAGAAUCCAAGUGCUUAUAGUGAGCGCCUCCUAAACAAUGGCGAAACGGGCGGUUUCUUCAAUGAUUAUUGCAACUGGAAAUCAAUUCCCGAGUUUCAAGAGUUUGUCUAUCAGUCACCGGCCGCUGCUAUCGCCGGAAUUGUCAUGGAGUCACCCAUCAGUAUCUUCUAUCACGAGCACGUACUCAUCAAAGAGGCCGGAACCUCAAAGUUGACACCUUGGCAUCACGACCAGGCUUAUUAUCCAAUUAAUGGAUUUAAAAAUUGUUCGAUUUGGAUGCCAUUAGAUACCGUUCCCAUUGAAAAUUCAGUUAAGUUUGCUGCCGGUUCUCAUUUGGAUAGCAAAUGGUACAGACCGAGGAAAUUUGCCACUCAUUUGAAUUAUGUUUGCGAUAAUGAGACAAAUGGUUUCAUUGAUACCAAUCAAUAUGUGGACGUUCCCGAUAAUGAGUAUAUUAAAAAUAAAUACAAAAUAUUAAGAUUCAGUGUCGCACCGGGAGAUUGCAUUGUGUUUCAUAUGAGAACACUUCACGCGGCGCCGGGAGUGUUAAAAUCCACUUCCAGAAGGGUUUUGAGCACCAGAUGGUUAGGUGAUGAUUCAACAUUUGCUACCCGACCCUGGAUAACAUCACCGCCACUAACGGGAAUUGAUCUAUUGGUGGGUCAAAGUGUUAAUGAAUCACAAAAAUUUCCGGUGGUCUGGAAAAGAGACAAUUAAUUUCUAGAAAAUCAAAUGCAAUUAUUGAGCAUAUAUUGAACAAUAAGUAAAUGAAUAAUUAUUAAUACUUAAUACAAAUCAUUUAUAAUAAUA